AUUGGAAGUUUUUUGUUGAUAUAUAUAUAUAGAUAUCGAUAGAUAGAUAUAUCUUCUAUUCUAUUUAGUUAAACCCAAAUUAAAUAACACAAUAAUCAGUAUAAAGAAUUGUUAGUUUGAUUCACGUUAUGUGCUAGUCUUAGUACUAGCUUUGUUAGCAGAUUAGCAAAGCAAGCUAACUAUACUAGCUGUGUACAUUCACCAGACACACUGAUGCUUUAUUUUAAUUUGUAAAGUAUCUAUACACAUUUAAUGACAGCUCAUAUAUCAUAGGAUGACAUGAUUAUAACCCUGAUUAUAAGUUUUUCUUCCAAUUUUAAGCGUUAAACAGUAAAUGGGAAUUAAUUGAUUCCCACUGAUUGGUCCGAGGAGUUGUUCAAGUCAUUUGUUUGGAUUUGUUGCUUUACUGCGCUCUAGCUCAUUUGUAUAAAAUUAAGAAAAGCUCAGUUCAGAUGUUGCGCAGUCGUUUUGUCUUUUGCCGUUAUCAAUGCAGUCAUGAGCAAAUGAAUGGUCCCUUGUCACUUUGUCACUUGCUAGUGUGAACGCAGGGGAACAGCAGGACAGUGCUGGGAUUUGAACUCACAACCUUCUUAGGUUGAACUCGGCAUGAGUGUGAUUAUAGAGUCACUGUCUAACCUCUCUUUUCGCUCUCUCCUCACUCAGCAGCCCAAGUCCCCCUGAAUACAGACCACGUGUCGGCCCACGAUGCUCAGCGGUUCAGUGGACGUGCCUAGCCCCGGGGGGAUGAGUGUGACAUCGGGCCGCAACGUGAUACGCAGCUCAAGCAUCAGUGGCACCAUGUACAGCCUGGAGAAGAGCCCGAGCAGCACCGGGCCUGACACUGGAGGAAUUAAAAAACGCCGCUCCAGCCUCGGGGCCAAGAUGGUGGCCAUCGUGGGGCUUUCACAGUGGAGCAAGAGCACGCAACAACUCAACCAACAAGAUGGAGCAACCAAGAAGCUACGCAGCACGAUCAGGAGGAGCACGGAGACGGGCAUUGCCGUAGAGAUGAGGAACCGUGUGACGAGGCAGGGCAGUAAGGAGUCAACGGAUGGAAGCACUAACAGUAACAGCUCAGAAGGAACUUUCAUCUUCCCUACCACCCGACUGGGCCCAGAGAGCCAGUUCAGCGACUUCCUGGAUGGCCUUGGCCCCGCCCAGAUUGUUGGGCGUCAGACAUUAGCCACACCGCCAAUGGGCGAUGUACAUAUCGGAGUGAUGGAUCGCGGUGGUCAGAUCGAGGUGGAAAUCACCCAAGCCAGGGGUUUAACCCCUAAACCAGGCUCAAGGAACAUUCCAGCGACGUAUGCGAAGGUUUAUGUCCUGGAGAAUGGAGCAUGUCUCUCCAAGAAGAAAACCAAAGUGGUGAAGAAAACCCUGGACCCAACCUACCAACAAACACUACUGUUUGAUGAAAGCCCUCAGGGCAAAGUGUUACAGGUGAUUGUGUGGGGCGAUUACGGCCGCAUGGACACCAAGUGCUUCAUGGGAAUGGCCCAGAUCCUCCUGGACGAGCUGGAUUUGUCCUCCAUGAUUGGUGGCUGGUACAAGCUGUUUCCCACUUCCUCUCUUGCCGACUCCAGCAUCGGCCAGCUGACCCGACGCCUCUCACAGUCCUCACUCGAGAGUGCCACCAGCCCCUCAUGCACCUAGAAAAGGCCCUUCCUCCACAUCUUCUC